UCCUCCUUCCAAGCAGCCUCUUCCUGAACCAUUCCUCGCCUCGCUCGCCAUUCCUGCCUCCACUCCAACUUGCCUGGCCGGAAAACCGACCACCCGAGGCGGAAGAGACGCCCGUCCCCUCUGCCUCAUCAGUGGUCGCCUUCAACAACUCCGCAUGAGGAAAAGGAAGUUUACAGAAAGUUUCUCCUGUCUCGCACACCUGGAUGCAAGCCGGAAACAGAACAGGAGCCAAGAUCUUCUGGCAUGAAGAGGCCGGUUCUGUUUUCCUUGGAACUCCAAAGGUUUCUAGUUGGAGAGAGAUUCUGAAGAGAGAAAGAGGGAUUCUCUCUCUCCCACCCACCCCCACCCCCACCCCCCGCGGUCUUUUCUAUUGACGCAGACUAUGAGGAUUGAAAAGCUAGCUUGGAUCCAGAAGCAGAAGAGAGAAGGAUCCUCCGGCUGGCAGCUUUUAAAGGAGAUAUUUACAGACUGGUAAUCUGGGCAGGGGAGUAGGGAUUGGGUAGCAGAAAUUUGGACCAGAUGGUAUAGCGGCCAAGGAAACGGAAGGCGAGCCUGCAGCAGGAAACUCCGGCAUGGGGACUGGGAUGUGCACCAGGAGGCAGAAAGGCCUUCUCCAGACCGGAUUCUGCCUCGUGGCCGUUGCCUGCCUGGGUUCAGGGGCGUUUUUGUACAACCAUCUCCAGCAGAAGGUGAAGGCGGCUGACGCCCUGGCCUCCAAGUACAAGCAGCAACAGGAGGCCCUCUCCGCCCAGCUGCAAGUGGUUUAUGAACACAGAUCGCGCUUAGAACGAUCCUUGCAGAAGGAGCGAGGGGAACACAAGAAGACAAAAGAAGACUUUUUAGUGUACAAACUAGAAGCCCAGGAGGCCCUAAACAAAGAGAAGCAAGACUCCAUGAACCGAUAUGGUGCCCUGAGCUCACAGCAUAAGAUCCUGAAGAAUCAGCACGAAGAUGUCAAGAAACAACUUCUUGACCUGCAGCUCCAGCACAACGGACUAAAACUGGAACACCGCAAGACGAUAGAAACCCACAACCAGAAAUACUCGCAGCUGCAGCGAGAGAAGGAUGGCGAGGUUGUCGGUUUGCAGGAUACAGUUUACAAGCUAAGGGAAGAGAGCAAACUCCUUCGGAAGGCCCACCAGGAUGUCCACUCGCAACUUCUCAGUGCUCAGGUCCAAAUGGAAGAGUUCAGACAGCUCAAGGAGACCCUGCAAAAGAUGCCCAGCUUCAAGGACGCGGGAACGGCCAAAGGGGUUCAGCAGCAGCAGCCUCCGAAAGAGCCUCCUCCGGGAGCAGGGCGUGGCUUGUUGCCACUUCCUGUUCAGAAGGCAUCCACAGGUAAUGAAGGAAAACUGCCACUGAGCCCCCUGGAAAAGGGCGCAGCUGCUGGUGGGAGUUUCCUCGUCGCUCAGGCCCCCGCCAUCAAACACCAAGGAGGAGAAAACGUGCAGGCAGGUCAAGUUCCACACAGCAACGAUGACCCCAGAUCGCAAAGAGAAGUGCCUUUCGGCCAGCUGGCCCCGCCACUCGAGCUCCACUUGCCACCUGCCGCCUGGCCGCAGGCAGGGCAAAGAGACAGUCACGUCGUCCGCUUCACAAGGACAGUGAACAGCGUGCAGAACGGCAACCCGGAUCCAAAUGCCAUCAAGAAUACAAAAGAGGAAAGUGAGGAGAAUGCACCCUCUCAAGCAAUCAUGCAUGGCAUUGGUCUCCCACCUGCUUCGGAGAAAGCCCAGACUUUGGAUAAACAGCCCUCCACAGGAAAUAAGCAGGAUCCUCUAGUGCAGAGCUGGCAAGACAUUGUCAACAAAGUAAAUGCCCGUAUGGAUGAGGAGCAAGCCCCCCAUUUCCCACAAAGCCUCCAGCUGGGCAUCCAACCCGAACAAGCAAUGCAGGACCGCGAUCAAGGGUUAGCCAGCCAGCGGCGGCAGCAAGGCGAGUGGGGGGCCGGGAAAAGAGGAUUGGAUGACGAAGAGCUUCAAAUGGAUGCUGGCAUGAUUGAGAGGGAAGACAGUUUGCACCCUGGGAAAGAAGGAGCCAUCCAGGAACUGAUGGUACCGGAUGAUGCUGCCGACCCCGCCCAGGACCCAAACAACCAAGGGGAAGACGAGUUUGAGGAGGCAGAGCUGGAGAGGCCAGACUUUGAAGAGAAAGCCCAAACCCACGGGCCAGUGAAGGAUGUGACCAAGGAGGAGAUCCAGAAGGAUGCUGUGGGGCAGAAGAAAACAGCAGGCGACCUCAUGGAGGAUUAUCAAGAAGACCAGGAGCAAGAUCUUGAAGAUCACGGCGGCGAGGUGGACGACGCCGACGACCUGGAGCUGGUCCGGGGACCGAAAGGCCAUGCUGAAGGAGAUGGCAAGAAAGACUAUUACUACUGACGCUUUGGGGGGCCUGGUGGGAGAUCGGUGAAGCACCUGGGCAGAGGAAGAGGAUCGGGCCCAGAGACGGUUGCAAAGAAGUGGGAUUCUUUGCUCAAGAGGAGACAGGCCUGAUCCGAGCUUCCAGGCGUUCAGCAGCCACACUGAUCAGCCCAUGCGUCCCAGGGAGGCUGAAAACCUCCGAACAUCAGGACGUUUCUUUGGAAACCGGGGCUCUGAAAAACCAAGAUUUCUUGGAAGGAUUCCCCCCUCCCUCCAUCGUUUCAGAAUUAUUUUUAUUUUUAAAAGAUUGGGGCCAUGGCGAGACGGUUGAUGCUGUUCGUCCCGGGCUACUAGAGUUAUCCUCUUUCUAUGGGCUUGGACUUGCACAACUGCUCUUUAGGUCUGCUCAUCUUUAUAUAUAUAUUAUAUAUAUAAAAGAGUCUUUUUUGGUAAUGAA